AUGGAAUACAUUGUACUCACCAGAGCUGGAAAGAAGAUCGAGGUUCCCGAGGGUUGUAUGUUGAACCUCCUUCAUUUUGCGUAUGAAGGUAAUGAGCCGACAAGUGUUGUUCUCAAAUUGAAAGAUGAGGAUGACACCGACAUGAAAGUGACUCUGUGCACCCUCUCAGGGAAGUGCCCACAAUAUGCGACAUCAAUUCCAAUUUCGGGUGAGACCGUUAAGUUUGAGUUGGUUGGAAAAGACACUGUGUACAUCGUUUCAAGCUUCGAGCCCGUUGCACCAGAAGAAGAUUUUGAGGACGACGACGAUUCAGAAAAUGCGUCUUACGAUGAUUUGGAAGGGAAAGAAGGAUUUGACGACUCAGAGGAGGAAGAAGAAGUUAAAAAGGUCGAAGAAAAGCCAAAGAAGGCGGAAAAGAAAGUUGAAAAGGCAAAGGAAGUCAAAGAGACAAAACCAAUCCAAAAAACAAAGGAGGAGGAGAAGAAGACAAAGGGCAAACAAGCCGAACCAAAGAAGGAGUUGAAAAAGGAGAACAAACCAGUCAAAGUCGCGGAGAAAAAAGUCGAAGAGAAGGUCGUGAAGAAAGAAGAACCAAAAGCAAAAGAACAUAAACAUGAGGAAAAGAAACAAGACAAGAAACAAACACAGAAAGAUACGAAAAAAGAAGUGAAGAAGGAGGUGAAGAAAAAUGAGAAUAAACAUCAUCACGACGACAAAAAAGGAAAGUCGACAAGAAGAC